GAACAAUUUUUUCUCUUUGUUUUGCUUUUUCAGUGUUAAUAAUUUCACAGAUUUAUGUUCAAUUUAUGCACAAAGAUUUGAAUUCAAAACUCUUUAGCUGACCCACCAAACAAUGCCUCUAUCUGUUCCUCACUUCAUCUCUGUCAGCAGAUUUUCAGACCUCAAUGGUGUAAAGCUGCAGGUACGUGGUUCGCCAAGGUGUUUUCAGAGAGAUUGUAAAGUAUUUACAGUUAUAUCAAUGUCAAAAGAGGCAUCAAAUUAUAUACCAGCAGCUCCUAUAUUUCUCCCUGAAGGACCAUGGCAGCAGAUUCCUGGUGGUGUUACUGCUGCAAAGGGUUUCAAAGCUGCUGGGAUGUAUGGUGGAUUGCGUGCUCUUGGAGAGAAACCUGAUCUCGCCCUCGUCACUUGUGAUGUAGAUGCCAUAUCUGCAGGGGCAUUUACUACAAAUGUUGUUGCAGCUGCACCUGUACUAUACUGUAAAAGCGCACUAAAUGCAUCUAAAACGGCUCGUGCGGUAUUAAUAAAUGCUGGUCAAGCUAACGCAGCAACGGGUGAUGCAGGUUAUCAAGAUGUAAUAGAAUGCUCAAGUGCACUAGCUAAGUUACUUCAACUGAAGCAAGACGAAGUCUUGAUCGAAUCAACUGGUGUAAUAGGUCAAAGAAUAAAGAAGGAAGCACUUCUCAACUCACUCCCACAUCUUGUUAAACAGCUUUCACCAACCGUGGAGGGGGCAAAUUCUGCAGCUGUAGCUAUAACGACCACUGAUCUUGUUAGUAAGAGUGUGGCUGUCGAAACAGAGGUAAGAGGAACUCAAAUCAGAGUUGGGGGCAUGGCAAAGGGCUCUGGGAUGAUUCAUCCUAACAUGGCAACAAUGCUUGGUGUGGUAACUACUGAUGCCUCGGUUACAAGUGAUGUUUGGAAAAAGAUGGUACAAGUUGCUGUAAAUCGAAGUUUUAAUCAAAUUACUGUCGAUGGAGACACUAGUACAAAUGAUGCUGUCAUUGCUCUUGCCAGUGGACUUUCAGAAUCAUAUGAGAUUUCUUCUUUGAACUCCUCCGAGGCAGAACACCUACAAAACUGCCUUGAUGCUGUAAUGCAGGGUCUAGCAAAAUCAAUAGCUUGGGAUGGCGAAGGAGCAACAUGUUUGAUUGAGGUGAGGGUUGAUGGUGCUGAUAAAGAAGCUGAAGCAGCAAAGAUUGCACGUUCAGUGGCUUCCUCUUCACUUGUCAAGGCUGCUGUAUACGGUAGGGAUCCAAAUUGGGGCCGUAUUGCUUGUGCUGCUGGCUAUGCAGGUAUUCCUUUCAACGCUGACAAGCUUCAGAUAUCACUUGGAGAUAUUGUGCUUAUGGAAGCAGGGCAACCACUUCCAUUUGAUAGAGUUGCAGCUAGCAAUUAUCUCCGUAAGGCUGGUGAAGUCCAUGGCACUGUUGAAAUUCAAAUAUCUAUUGGUGAUGGUCCAGGAAGCGGACUAGCAUGGGGCUGUGACUUGAGUUAUGAUUAUGUCAAAAUUAACGCAGAGUACACAACAUGAAACAGGACGUGUUGUUCAAAGAUUGAAGUCUCUCCUAAUAAAGCAGCUCAGGCUCAGCCAUUGUUAUUGGUUCUGUAGUUGUAAAAUUCAAAUGCAAAGUAACAUGUAUGGAUACUGCUGGAACCAGCAAAAUUUUGCUAUAGAUUGACAAGACUUUCCAAGUUGUUAUUUCAUCAUUUCACACAUCUUAUAAACUAGAAGCUCCUAUGGCAUGUACCUUAAAUUCAGCGCGCGGCGUCCAUUAUUUUUAUAAAUUUGUAUCUUAUUUAUUU